CUUUGGAGCAGGCGAUUGAAAGAAGCAUCUGCCUGUCCAACAUCUGUUCCGCAUUCACCGCUACAUCCUUGUCCACGAGCAGACUAUUUCGGGUGAUAAUACCAACCACACGCUCCACCACUUUGUGCGAUCAACGAGAUACACUACCAGUCCGCUACAGGGAACAAAUCAUGAAGAUCAAAGCCCUCACUCGGCCGACUACGGUCCAACAGGCCCCUGGUUCCGAUAACCAGCGCGCCCCCCGAAACUUAGCCCCCGAAAUCCAUCCGUUCGAGAGAGCCAGAGAAUAUCAGAGAGCUCUCAAUGCUGUCAAGUUGGAGCGCAUGUUCGCCAAGCCCUUCUUGGGACAGUUAGGGAGCGGUCACGUACAGGGUAUCUACAGCAUGUGCAAGGACAAGAACUCUCUCAGCAGUGUUGCUUCCGGUUCCGGUGACGGCAUCGUCAAGGUCUGGGAUCUUACGUCGCGGGAGGAGGUUUGGAAGGCAUCGGCCCACAACAAUGUCGUCAAGGGAUUGACCUUCACCAACGACAAGAAGCUUCUGUCUUGCGCGACCGACGGUAUCAAGCUCUGGGACCCUUACACACCAGCCUCCGACAACACAUCUCCUCUUGCAUCAUGGCAAGAAGGCGGCCCCUACACCUCUCUUUCGGUCCACCGGACAGGAAACGUCUUUGCUGCUUCUUCAGGUGCCGGCUGCAUCCGUGUGUGGGAUCUUGAGCAGAGCACAGCCGCCCAGACCAUCCAGUGGCCCAACCACACAGAUACCAUUACCGAUGUGUGCUUCAAUCAGGUUGAAACAUCCGUCAUUGCGUCUGUCGGAACAGAUCGGUCGGUUAUCUUGUUCGAUCUGCGAACAAACAUGCCGGUUGUCAAGACAGUGCUCAAGUUUGCGGCCAACCGUGUUGUUUUCAACCCCAUGGAGGCCAUGAACUUGGCCGUGGCCUCGGAAGACCAUAAUGUCUACGUAUUCGAUGCCAGAAACUUCAACAAGGCUCAAAACAUCCACAAGGGGCACGUCGCGGCUGUAAUGGAUGUUGAGUUCUCGCCUACCGGUGAGGAGCUUGUUACUGGCUCUUACGACAGGACCAUCAGAAUCUUCAAGCGCGACCAAGGUUCAUCCCGCGACAUGUACCACACCAAGAGAAUGCAGAGAGUCUUCAGGACCAUGUGGACCAUGGACUCCAAGUACCUCAUCAGCGGCAGUGACGACGGCAACCUCCGUUUGUGGCGCGCAAAUGCCUCAGAGAGAAGUGGAGUCAAGUCGACGAAGCAGCGACAAGCCCUCGAAUACAACAAGGCUCUUACCGAAAGGUUUGGCCAUAUGCCCGAAAUCCGCCGCAUCAGCCGUCACAGACAUGUGCCCAAGGUCAUCAAGAAGGCGGGCGAGAUCAAGCGCGAGGAGUUGGCGGCCAUCAAGAGGAGAGAGGAGAACGAACGGAAACACUCGGCCAAGAAGUUUGAGAAGCGCAAGAGCGAGAGAGAGAAGGCUAUCUUGGCCAAGGUGCAGUAAACAGUCUUGUGGCCUUCUGUUCCGGUUUGCAGCGAUUUCUCGGUCUUUAUUUUGCUUUACAUUGGGCGGCGUUGGAGGGGUUUACUUUGGGGUGGGUGUGCGGACCUGAUACCAUCCACGUUUGGCGUUGGCAUGUUUGAAAAGGACUAAGACGGGUUCGGCGUGUUAUUUUGAGCUGAUAUCAGAUAUCAGAUGUCGAGGAGGACGGCAGAUAAUAAGAUGCUAUCUUCUCACUUCUUGUACUUUCGUUCAGGUUCCUGCGGUUUAUGCGGGUUGAUGAACGACAGGCAGUUGAGAUCUUUACGGCUUGUUCUGGUGAUUAUUCAUGCCGUCUGUGCUAGGGCGCAUAAAGACAACAAUUCUUGUUUGGGAAAC